CGUGACGGGCUAGUGAUGAGCACAGCCAGGACCGUCGCCGCCCACUUGAAGUACUUGUCGCGUGUAGUUCGGAAAUGUCUGCCUCCGGAUCGACGCAGUUCUUGGUCCGCCAGAGCACCCCCGCCGCCGCGACUGGCCUGCGCGUAGGCCCUGCCUCAGACAGCGUACGGGACGGCGGACGGUCCCUGAAAUGUUUGCAGUCGCAACUGGCUCCCAUGAGCGCGUGCGCUCGCGCGCUGAGUACCUCGACGUCGUUCCAUCAGCAGCCGCAGCCGGCCACGUUGUCGGUGCUGCCGAACCAUGUUCGCGCCUACGUCGAGGAGAAGCAGCGCCUGUGCCAACCCAGUGCCGUGCACAUCUGCGACGGCAGCGAGGCCGAGAACAAUCACCUUCUCGACCUUAUGCUCAAGGCUGGCAGUAUCGUGCCGCUGCCCAAGUACCGGAACUGCUACUUGGCCCGGACAGACCCAGCUGAUGUUGCCCGUGUUGAGAGUAAGACAUUCAUCACUACGGAGAGGCGGGAAGAAACCAUUCCAACACCAAAAGAAGGCAUCAAAGGCACCUUGGGCAACUGGAUGUCUCCAACAGAUUUACAGAAAGCCCUUGGCGAUCGCUUCCCUGGUUGCAUGAAAGGUCGGACCAUGUACGUGAUCCCAUUCAGCAUGGGGCCUCUUGGCUCUCCAUUGAGCAAGAUUGGAAUUCAGCUCACUGAUUCGCCGUAUGUGGUUGCUAGCAUGCGCAUCAUGACUAGUCGGCCUUGUAGCAUUUCCGAACGUUCCUGA